GUGAGGAUUCUUGAGGCCCAAAAUCGCACUUCAGCGAAGGAGGCCGCAACUUUGCGGAGCAAUUACACUGCGGACAUCAGUCGUAUGCGUGAGGUCUACACCGCCGAUGUGGACCAUCUUCGCACCCAACUGGCGACUGCGGAGGAAGCGAAAACAGAAGCUGAGGUCCGCUUAAGGCGAACAGAAGCUAACCUGACAGAACUGCAAAAGGACGAACCAAAAAAGCUGGAGAUCGCAUACGAAGUUUGUCUCUGUCCAUUGUGUUAUCGUGAUCUAGCUUGCAUCCCCAGCGUCCGUCGGGGCGAACAGGAUCGGAGCUCAGGUGGUGACCAAGAUAAGGUGAAUCAAUUAAAUGACAAGCUGCUGGAAACUGACAGGGAACUGCAGGUUUUCCGACAAAGGUGCAUCGCCCUCACCGAAGAACGGACUAGGGAGCGAACCGUGAAUACAAAAUUAAAGGAAUCCUUGAAGGAGGCGAAUGCGGAAGUUGAUCGUCUUUCACUGGCUCAUCACGCCUCGAUGAACGAAGUGAAGUCCCUCCGUGAAGAACUCUGUCACCACAAAAAGGUUCAUGAAGCCGAAAUGCAGGAAUUUUCCACUCUCAUGCAACGUGAAUCCACUCAAGAAACGGUGUCCAUUUUCCGCACAGAGAUUAUGCAAGUUUUGCGGGAAAUUCAAAUAGAAUAUGAGCAGAGACUGGAGGCUGCCAAAACGGAUAUCCAAGCGGCAUUUGAUGUGAAAACUCAAAUGUUGAAGAAAGUUCAUGCAAGCGAUGGCAAGGAGCGGGAUCAGUACCGGGAGGAGAACUCAAAACUGCGCGCUCUUCUUCAACGACUAAGGCUGGAUUUCGAGGCGCUGCUGGACUCCAAACUCGGACUGGAGAUGGAAAUCGCCUCGUAUAGACGCCUUCUUGAAUGUGAAGAGAAAAGGUUUCUGUGGCGUUGCUAG